GUGCUGAAAUAAUGUUCUAAAGCUUCAAGGGGACUAUUUCUCUAGAAUGCCCCUUUUUAUGUCACUUUCAUCUUUCUAUUUUAUUGUAUCUCAGAACAUAACAACAACAAUCAAGCUUCAGUCCCAAACUAGUUGGGUCAUCUAUAUCAAUUCUUUGUUUCAAAUAUACGCUCAUAUCAAAUUAAUAUUAAAUUAUUGAUGCCUCUCAGAACAUAGUUAGAAGAAAUAGUAGUUAGAGAAGCAAGAAAGCAGAAAGCAGAAACAGUUUGAGUGUUGGUUGAAUAUGACACUGAAGUUUAUGAACUCUAGCCACAGAUAUGAUAACAAAUAUAGUGGAUGUUUCUGAUUUUCUUGGAGUCUGAAUAUUUCUGGCUUACCAAUUUUAUUGUUAGUAAGUCGGUGAGAGUAUCUUUGCAUUUCAGUGUACUUGAAAAAUGUGUUAGAGCUAUGUAUUUGGACUUGAAUUUUAGCUUUGGAUUUGAGAGUUUAUCUCGAAGGAAACUUGAUGCUUAGAGAUAGGGGGAGAGAGAGAGAGGAAUUAAUAAAUCUGAUGGCUGGGAUUAGGUCAAAGAAGUGGUGUUUGAUAUUGCUCGGAGGAAUUUCAGCUAGUUUUCUUGUUGUAGUUUUAAUACUUGUUUUAGCAGAUCGGAGAUUGAAACAAGAAGGUUCAUAUGAUAAGACACAAGAGAUAGAGUCCCGUCAAGUAUUCAGCGCAUUGAAUUUCUUUUACCCAAAAGGUCGAGCGGGUUAUAAACAUGUUUGGCCGGAAAUGAGAUUUGGCUGGAAAAUCGUGCUGGGUAGCAUAAUUGGAUUCUUUGCCGCAGCAUGUGGGAGUGUGGGGGGUGUUGGCGGGGGUGGCAUUUUUGUUCCUAUGCUUACUUUGAUCAUUGGGUUUGAUCCCAAAUCAUCAACUGCUAUAUCAAAAUGUAUGAUCACAGGUGCAGCAGCUGCAACAGUUUACUACAAUUUAAAACUAAGGCAUCCUACACUUGAACUGCCUAUCAUUGACUAUGACCUUGCACUUCUAUUUCAACCAAUGUUGGUUCUGGGAAUUAGCCUUGGAGUUGCUCUCAAUGUGAUUUUUGCCGAGUGGGCAAUCACAAUUUUGCUUAUCAUUCUCUUCAUAGUAACAUCAUCCGUUUCAUUCUUCAAGGGUGUUGAGACAUGGAAAAAGGAAACCAAAUUGAAAAAGGAGGCUAUUAGACAGUUGGAAUUUGUUGAAGACACGGUUGAAGAGGCAGUUGAAGAGGUGGAGGACAAACCUCAUCCUGGACGCCCCAUUAGUGCUGCUGAAGCAGGAACCAAUCAGUCAAAAAAAGAGGAGGUUUCUGUUAUUGAGAAUGUACAAUGGAAGGAACUUGGACUUCUUGUUGCUGUGUGGUUGGUAGUUCUUGGUUUGCAGAUUGGCAAGAUCCCUGUAGCUGUUGGGUUAACUGCAUAUGAGGCAGUUGGACUGUACAAAGGGCAGAGAAAGAUUGCAUCUAUGGGUGAGGCAAUCACACACUGGCGAGUCCACCAACUUGUUCUCUAUUGUGCUGUUGGUAUGUUGGCUGGAGUACUUGGUGCGAUGCUUGGACUUGGCGGUGGAUUCAUUUUAGGCCCUCUUUUUCUGCAGAUGGGAAUUCCCCCUCAGGUGUCAAGUGCCACAACCACAUUUGUUAUGACUUUCUCUGCUUCCAUGUCUGUUAUAGAAUAUUACCUGCUAAAGCGUUUCCCAGUUCCUUACGCUCUCUACUUCUUUGGCGCGGCAAUUUUUGCUGCAUUUGUCGGACAACACGUGGUAAGAAAGUUGAUUAGCAUAUUGGGACGAGCAUCCUUAAUAAUCUUCAUUCUGGCCUUCACAAUCUUCGUGAGUGCAAUAUUGUUAGGUGGGGUUGGCAUAGCACACAUGAUCAAGAGGAUCGAGAGGAGUGAGUACAUGGGAUUUGAAAACAUUUGUUCAUAUGGAGCUUAAUUUAUAUCUCUACCUUCUCUAUCUGCAAAAUCCUCAGUCUUGCCUGUUCUUCCUUGGCUUUAAUAUCUUCAAGUUCCUAGUAUCUGCUUAUUUUAUUUCUGGUAGUAUGCGUAAUUUGCCAUUCUCUGAUAAUUUGCCAUUCUCUGAUUGUCAUUAAAUUUAACCUCCGUGCCUCAUGACCUAAAACCUUUGACAGGGUACGCCUUUAAUCCAAUCUCGCUUCUUUUAUCCACCUUGUCUACCAUUUUUUUAGCAAGAGGCAUUUAAAGCUGCAAGCAUCAGUUUGGAGUUUGGAAACAUGAUUCUUUUAGAUGAAUUAUUAAUUUACUGGUUUGUAUAUCUGUUGGUGGAAAUUGGAAGCAAAGAUCUCACCUUUCUUCAUGUCAAAGAAAAUAGGACUAUGCCUCUGUUUUCCGUUUUUAUUUCCAAUUAGAUUGUUUAGGCUUUAUCAUUAAAACUCUCUGCUGCAACAAUUGUUAUGUAAUGUUGUUUCUUAGCUUUCUAUCAAUGCAUCUAUCAUUUGACUUUUAGUGAUUACGAGAUUAGAUUAUAGUAAUUGUAAAUGAACUUUCAAAAUCAUCCAAGUCAAUAGAAAGAAAAGCCAAUGUUUAGUCA